AUGAAAAUACAGCCCAUUAAUUGGUUCGAAGGUGGCUCUGGGAGUGUCUUCAGCGUCAAGUUAGAAGGCUGCCUCAUCAGGGUAAUCGCCCUGGAGGUUCUUCUACUCUCAGUUACACUGAGAGGUCUAACUAAGUGCAGCAAAGACUACACUGCGGGCUGGGUGUUCCGGGACAAGCGCAUGGCCCAGCGUGUGGCGGCCAGUCUGCACAACGCACCAAUGGGCGCCCAAAGGCAAAGCCCCUUUGGCUACGAAUGGAACCUCAAGUACCUGCACCGUUUCACGUGGUCCCAUCUCAGCGAACACCUAGCCUUUGAAUGGCAGGUGCACCGCCAGCACUUAAGGGCCGAGGUCGCCCAGGCCAAACGUGAAACAGACUUUUAUCUUAGAAAUGUGGAGUGAGGGAAGCACUUCCUUGUGGCUGAUGGGAACCCAGGCUUCCCCAACAGCUCCUGGCCUUUUUUUUUUGCCCGGCACCCCACCGAACAAGAGUUUAGGGCCCCAGGAAGUCAGCCCAAGCCAGGGGGUCCAGAACGGGCUUGUCUGGCUCUUGCUGUUCAGGACCAAGCAUGCUCCAACCGAGGGCUCCUUGCUAGGAUCUUUGGAGCUCCACAGUCCGCAGAUGGCACAGACGGGCCCUCUGCGGCCAGGGACUCAUGA